GUGUUUCCCAACACCCCCACCCCUGCCCAGUGCACCCCUCCCCUGCCUGCUUCCCCUGAUGUCUGCGAUUUAGACCAGCCCAGCUGUAUCCACGGCAACAGAAGCAGGAGUGUCACUGGCCGCCAGAUCACCGAGGGUCCCACAAUGUGGCCUGUGCUGUGAUUUAUCCUUGGUGAGAGAGCUUGAGCCCCCUCCCUGGAUUCCGAGACUGCCCUGCUGAGAGAGCCCAGGAUGUCAGCUCCACAAAGGCAGGGAUCUUUGUCUGGUUUGCAGCUGUAUCCCCAGUGCCUGGAAUGGUGCGCCCCAGCAGGACAACUGAUGGAGUCCCCCAUUCAGUACCGGACUGGCUGACUUCAUAGGGUUGGGAGUAGCCCCUGCCCCUCAUUAUGGCCAACACCACUGGAGAGCCCGAGGAGGUGAGCGGCGCACUGUCCCCACCAUCAGCAUCGGCUUAUGUAAAGCUGGUGCUGCUGGGACUGAUCAUGUGCGUGAGCCUGGCGGGCAACGCCAUCUUGUCGCUGCUGGUGCUCAAGGAGCGUGCCCUGCACAAGGCUCCUUACUACUUUCUGCUGGACCUGUGCCUGGCCGACGGCAUCCGCUCUGCCGUCUGCUUCCCAUUUGUACUGGCUUCUGUGCGCCACGGCUCCUCAUGGACUUUCAGUGCGCUCAGUUGCAAGAUUGUGGCCUUUAUGGCUGUGCUCUUUUGCUUCCAUGCGGCCUUCAUGCUGUUCUGCAUCAGCGUCACCCGCUACAUGGCCAUUGCCCACCACCGCUUCUACGCCAAACGCAUGACACUCUGGACAUGUGCAGCCGUCAUCUGCAUGGCCUGGACCCUAUCUGUGGCCAUGGCCUUCCCACCUGUCUUCGAUGUGGGCACCUACAAGUUUAUCCGCGAGGAGGACCAGUGCAUCUUUGAGCAUCGCUACUUCAAGGCCAAUGACACACUGGGUUUCAUGCUUAUGUUGGCUGUGCUCAUGGCAGCCACACAUGCUGUCUAUGGCAAACUGCUCCUCUUUGAAUAUCGUCACCGCAAGAUGAAGCCAGUGCAGAUGGUGCCAGCCAUCAGCCAGAACUGGACAUUCCAUGGUCCUGGGGCCACUGGCCAGGCUGCUGCCAACUGGAUCGCUGGCUUUGGCCGUGGGCCCAUGCCACCAACCCUGCUAGGUAUACGGCAGAAUGGGCAUGCAGCCAGCCGGCGGCUGUUGGGCAUGGACGAGGUCAAGGGUGAAAAGCAGCUGGGCCGCAUGUUCUACGCGAUCACACUGCUCUUCCUGCUCCUCUGGUCACCUUACAUCGUGGCCUGCUACUGGCGAGUGUUUGUUAAAGCCUGCGCUGUGCCCCACCGUUACCUGGCCACUGCUGUUUGGAUGAGCUUCGCCCAGGCUGCCGUCAACCCGAUCGUCUGCUUCCUGCUCAACAAGGACCUCAAGAAGUGCCUGAGGACUCACGCCCCCUGCUGGGGCACAGGAGGUGCCCCGGCUCCCAGAGAACCCUACUGUGUCAUGUGAAGCAGGCUGGUAGGCAGACAGACAGGGAGUAGGUCAUGGCCACCAUGAUGGGGCCGACAGAAGGGGAGGGGUAGGGCCCUGUACAGGAGCCUUUCUUUCUGGGCUCCAGCUCUAGCCCCUCAAACCACCCAGAAUCUAGGCACCUUUGCCAACACCUCCCCAGCCGUGGGAGACUUGGAAAGGGGUGUUCCUAGUUCUAGGGCCUGUCUCUGCUGCCUCUUUUUCCACUUCUACAAUCAAUCAAAAUCUCUCUCUCUCUCUUUCCCUCUCUCCCUCCAAUUCAGAAAAAGAAAACAAAAGUGAAAAUGCAGGUUUUUCUACUAACAGCUGAGGAGUCAGGCUUUCUUGCUUUAAUGUCUCUCCUUCUGACAUUGUCCAGAAUGGGGAAAUUUAUCCUGUAAAAUAGACUUUUAGAGCUCUUCUGGCCCCCUCUGCUCCCAUGUACCCUCCCCUGCCAAGUCCUUUAGCAAGGCAUGGAUGUUUAGGGAGAAAUGGAUCUGUUGGUAAGUGGGACCAAAGGGGGUGCAGGGUCCCCAGGGAGCAGGGAUGUUUAAUUGCUAUGUUGUGUGCAAUGUUGUUUUAGGCUAACCCUGGUCCCAAGCCCAGUCUCUUCUUGCUUCCCACUAUGUCCAGACAUCCAAAGUGUUUCUUGAGCACCAGUUUGAGAAGCCGGGGGGGAGGGAUAAGGGCCCCCAGCAUGGGCCCAGGCUAGGUGAAGAGCGGGAUGUGAGCUGCACACCUGGAGCUGAAGAUAUGUGAGCUUGGCUGCAUUCUCUCGAGCUGCCUCCUGGAUCCCCAGGCCCCAACUCUUCUUUCUGAGGAUGGAAAUCUACUCUAGCCCCACUAGGGCUGAUGUGGGUACCAUAUAGGCGGGAGCAGCCCCCCAGGAAAGUGUAGGGAGAGAGCCGAACU